AUGUCUUUGAGAAGACAUGUCUGCCGCCUACCGCUCCGUCUCAAGGCCCCAAAGGACCACGUCUGGAUCAGCGAAGAUGUCCUCAACAGUGCAAUGCACCGCUUUGCGCAUGGCAGGAUACCAAGACGGCAUGUGGGUCUUGCGCCUGGUCCUCUGGAAGCACGGAAAAGAGCAUCGAAGCGGCGCAUGAUGAAUCUUGCGCAAGUUGGAGAUGGUGGAGGUUUCGAUCCGAGCGUGCUUCCUGGAUUGGGAGCGCCAGAGCGUGCGGAGUGGAAAUGGCAGAGCCCUACGCUCCUUCUACCACAGAGACCGGAUGAAGCCGCGCCCCUACCAUCUUGGCUGACGGACCCUCCCCCUAUUGUGGCUGAUAAGCGCGUCGAAAAAACCAAAAAAGACGAGGACAUCGAAGGUGUCAAGAACGAAGAGGACCUCGAGCAGCGACAUACACAUCUUCGGCGCAAAGGCUUGCUGGUAAACCCCGGGUUCUUGGAAGACUUGAAGAAAUGUAGGGAUGUCGAUGGUCUAUACAAUUGGGCUGCUGAUUACGGCAUCGACUUCCGGAUGUUUCCCAAGCUCGUGUUUUCAAGCUUGUGCCAUGCUGGACAGCCACUUCCGGUUCUAUUACAUGCACUGGAAGAUGCGGCUCUGGGCACCCCUGGCAAUUUGAAUUUCCUACUGGAUUGGCAACUACGAAAAGGGGAGCGCGAGGGACGACUACGGAUAAGAUUAAAAUCUGAUGACAUGACUCUCCUGCAACAGUGGAUGAGACGGCAAUUGUACCUUGGCCUGAAGACCGAGAAGGACAUCCUCGUAUUCUUGAGAUUCGUAUCCCGUGUCAGUGAUGCCGCCAGUGAUGAAUCUUUGAAGUGCAAUUUCAUAGCAUCCAUCGUUGAGGGCCUCCAAGCGAGUUCGGUAUUUGGGUUCAAGGAUUUGGGACCGGAGACACAGUCUAGACUCUUAGAGUCUAUCACACGAGGACCAUUGACACGCCAAUCGCUGGAUCUGGGAUCCAGCUUGAUUGAAGCUAUGCAGCAAUCGCAGCUGGAGGGCACAGAUCAGAAGAUCUCUGCGUUUAUUGGCGGAGUUGUCCAUGCGUGCGCUUCACUACGGGAACACCAAAAGCGGGAAACACGGUUUUUGGAGGUAAUGCCGAGGGCUCUGGAGAUGAUAGGGGGACUCCCACAAGAACUAGCAUGCUCGGUUAUUUUGAUCACGACCGAGGCUUUGACUAAUGAUCAUAUCCGUAUGCCUGCUAUUAAGGCUGGUACGAUGCAGCUGCUUUACACAUGGUGGUCUGCAAUUUUUAUGACAAACAUUCUUAGUUUUGGCCGAAAGAUUCCUCUCAAGACGCAGAUUGAGCUUUUUCUGAGCACCCAGGAGCCGAAAGUAGCUGUUCCAUACUUGCAGCAAUUGGAUGACCCAGAAAAGGCCCGUUUUAUACUUCGCUACUGGGUCGGACCCAAAACGCGAUCUGGUCGAUCUCGAGCUCGGUAUCUUUUCGAUGGAUUCUGUUCUACGAAGGGGACAGACUCGCCUUGGGUUAGCAUGUUUCAAGCUGCACGCAAGUGUGCUCAAGAGUCCUCGGAACCGUUAGACGUCUGUAUCAAACGAGUAUUCAAGGUACUGCAGAUGCUGCGCCAAUCCGAGGCUAUCAUCGAGGUUAUUAAGCAGGCCCGAAAGCUCCAUGCUAUCAUUGAUGAAAGCGACGUGGUGUACACGAUCAGGGAGCAUUCACGGGAACAGCCGCACCUAGCGGAGCGAAUGUUCCACUUCUACCCAAGACUGCGACUCGAAAGGUGUCCCGAGCUUGCCGAGCGAAUGAUUCUAAACCCGAGGAGCCAUCCAAGCACCGCGCUGUACUAUAUGCAGAGUCGCCGCUCGCGCUUCCCCGUGGACCGUGAAGGGGUUUCAAACUUCCGUAUACAACUUCUAGACAGGAUGGCGCUCGCCUACUCUACGGUGCUACAUAUAACUCCACGAAUGGCGUUGAGGAAAGUGCACAAAUGCUAUACUCAGCAUAUGAAGGAACGUCUAGGGCCACCUUCAGUAAUGAUGGCACGAGCGCUUACUCGAGCCGGGCUUAUCCGACCCCUUCAGGCAGGCCGAUGGGUUAACACGACCCUAGUUCGAUGGAUCUUAUCCGUUAUUCGGUCUACGGAGAGUGCUGAUGUGGCAGAUCAAGUCGACGAAAUAGUGUACAGGUGGCGUGCGGCUAAUGCAAAGAAAAUCCGAGCAGCUUCACUAGCCAAUCGACGCGCUCGGUACUUUGCAAUAGAACAUUCUAUGGACUUCCGUGUUCGGACCAAGUGGUCCAAUCACUAUCGAGGCGAUGAAAAGAUUUACACGCCUUUAAAGAACCCCCUCCAGCUCGAUUGA